CAAUCGCGACGAUGACGACGACGCUGACAGGCAACCACAGAACUGAUAAAGCUACCUGGUGCUUCAAUCUCUCUCUAGCAUCCUCUACUAUACACAUCCGACAUCAUGGCUCAAUCCGGUGUCUCCGUCUCCCCUGAGUGCAUCAGCACCUUCAACGAGCUUAAGCUUGGCAAGGACAUCAAGUGGAUCAUCUACAAGAUCAGCGACGACUGGAAGGAGAUUGUCGUCGAGGAGACUUCCAAGGAGGCCAACUUCGACGUCUUCCGUGAGAAGCUGCUCAACGCCAAGAGCAAGGACCGCCGCGGCAAGGAGGGCAUUGGUGGUCGCUACGCCGUUUUCGAUGUCGAGUACGAGCUUGACAACGGCGAGGGCUCCAGGAGCAAGAUCACUUUCAUCAGCUGGACACCAGAUGAUGCGCCACAAUACCCCCGCAUGAUGUACUCGUCCUCCAAGGAAGCCAUCAAGCGCGCUCUGAACGGUCUCGCCGCCGAUAUCCAAGCCAACGACGCCGACGACAUCGAGUUCGAGAACAUCAAGAGCCGCGUCGCCAAGGGCCGUUAAGCGCUUCUCUUCCCUCCCCCGCUUCCGACCUGUCGAUUUUGUGCACCUGUUAGUAUGGAGGAAGGAAACUAUAGCGGUUGGUAAUGACACAUGACGAAAACGACUCGAGCGGUUGAUUGGCAGCGAUCAUGGCAUAGCGAGUUUUUGCGAAUGAUGGUUAUCGCAUACAUCAUGCGACUAUGCGGGCAGUGG